AACACGUUAAAUAUUUGUUGUAAGAAAUUCGUUCGUUCGCUUGACGACUGCGCACGCGCCCCAUCACCGUCUUGGGACGGCCGUCGGUUCGCGUUUGCGUUGGUCAUACUGUCGAGUUGUUUUUCGUGUUCUCCGCGUCCGCGUCGUUCGCGUGCCGCACCGUGUUUUUUUUUUUUGCCGGCGUCCUCUCAGCAUCAUUUCGCCACAGACAAGUGUUCUUAGACGAGUAUACUUCACGCCCUUUACGAUCACCGCGUCCGUUACGUUUCACGUAUAAACGCUUCGUUUGCGCACCCGAGUUGUUUGCGUUUCCAACCGGUGUCGUCGAUCGAAUACAUCGAAUAUUAUCACCGGUGCUAUCGUUACUGCGGUACCUCCUAAGAGAACGAUUGGUCCGCUUUUCCGAGCCGCAACGUCCGCAUCAGCUAUACCCGUGGCCAACAGGUAGUUUUCUAAAACAUCUUUCAGCAUGUGUAUAUAUAAAAAUAUUCUGGACAGUUAUCGAACAGGUGAAGGAUGGAAUGUACCAUUUCUUUCACCACAGCAAAUGGCCUUUGUAGGACUACGUUACACGGGUGUGGAUGCUAUUGUGAUAUGUGACUACUGCAAUGUAGUAUUUAAACAUUGGGUACGCGGGGUUGAUCCGUAUAUUAGGCAUAAAAUGGCUUCUCCAAAUUGUACAUCUUAUGAGAAUAAAUCAGGUGUAUACCAUGCAGUUUCAUUAGAAUGGUCUAACAGUCUACAAAAACUUCAGAGACAAUUUAUUCAUACCGAAUUUGCUUCAUUUGAAAGUCGCCUGAGUACAUUUGAAAAGUGUAAGAGACAACUAUAUCAAGAUCCUCGUUCCCUUUGUGAAGCUGGAUUUUUUUAUACUGGAAAUGGUAAAAAUGAUGAAUUUAUGUGCUUCUGCUGUUCUGUAAGGCUUAUUGACUGGAAAAGAACUGAUGAUCCAUGGGUAGAACAUGCCAGGGUAUUUCCAACUUGUAGUUAUUUAUUAUUAACUAAAAGUAAAUCAUUUGUGGUAACAGUACAUCAGUUGAUACAGAAAUAUUCAAACUUGGACUGCUUCAAUGAAACAUUGAUUGACUCUCUUUCUUCCAAUCCGGAUCAGGCAUUUAAAAUGACUUUGAGAAAAAGGAGACCCAUUAAUGUAACAACAACUGUUCAAAAAAAGAAGAAAAAAUUCUACUGAACCUGAAGAUGAUACCAGGCUUUGUAUAAUUUGUUUGCAAGCUGAAUCGACAAUAAUUAUUUACCCUUGUGGUCAUUUUUAUAGUUGUGUUUCAU